ACUCCUAACACCUUGUAACUUAUUCGUCUAUUUUUCUUUGAGGCCAUUUCUCGUACUCAUCUUUACAGAGCUGUAAACUCCAAGUUUGUGAUCAUAUAGCUUCCAUAUUGGCCCCUAUGCUGACUGCAGAAUCAAGAGCAAGACGCGUGGGAAAUCUAGGAAGCUCUGAAAACAGAUGUUCCAAUCAAUAUGGCGAAGGUGGUGGUGCGGGGGUUUUAUGGUAAAAUUCUGACAGCUUAAAAUUGAACGUCAUUCGUACAAUAAAAUUCUGUAAUCGGAUCAUGUGAGUGUGUGUUAUAAAAUAUGAGUAAAAAUCCGCCGUACUCUUCCUCGAACAAUGCGACGCCGCCUUCAGUGUUACCUUCAUGUCUUCGAACUCGACCCGAUAGUACUCGAAGAAAUCUUUCGUUUAGUGUUUCCUUUCCAGAAGAAGAAUGCAACCUUAUUACUGGGUUUUUAGAGCCAGCAAAUCCAUGGGAAUACGCAGAGAAUGUAAAUCAUGAAGAAAUUAUUUCAAGUUAUGUGACAUCAUGUGAAAAACACGGUACAAAUCCUCUGCCUCUUGUGGUGGAACAACUGAAGACUCUGGAUAUCCAGGCAUCACGCAAUGAUUGUCUUGACCUAAAGGGUGCACCUUUGGCAGCAUUAGCUUGUGAAGCUCUUGAGGAAAUACUAAAGCGAGUGCAAUUCAAGAAUAUUAAUUUGGAAACUACAGCGCUUGAUGAUGAGGGAUCUGUGGCUUUAUUUGAUAUGAUAGAAUACUAUGAAAGUGCUACCCACUUAAAUAUAUCUGGCAACAGAGAAAUUGCUGGAAGAGGAUGGCAGGCUUGCUCAAGAAUGAUCAAGAAGACCCGUUGUUUGGAACAAUUGGAAGCUCGAAAUGUUACUCUUAAUGAACAGUAUAUGCCCAUUCUUAGUAGGGCCCUCAAGUUAGGAACUCAACUACAAGUUUUGAAAUUGGAGAACUGUGGACUCUCAGGAAGACCAGUCAUAAUUUUGGCUGCAGCAUUGAAACUAAAUACCAGCCUAAAGGAGCUUUAUUUAGCAGACAACAAUUUAAAUGUGUCUGAUGCCGUUCUUCUGGGAGCUGUUCUCCAAUCAAAUCAAAUAUUGCAACUUCUGGAUGUGAGCAACAACCAAAUACAAGAUGCUGGAGUUGGACAUAUUUUAGAUGGAUUGGUUGAACAAGCACCUCAAAUCAGUGGAACCGUAAACAAUGGUCUGUGCAUUUUGAUAUUGUGGAAUAAUCACUUAACCCGAAACUCUGCUAAGCAUUUGGCUCGUGCAUUGGCACGAAGUACUUCUCUUGAAAUUUUAAAUGUUGGUCACAAUGUGUUAACAAAUGAAUGCCUUCAUGUAAUGAAAGAUUCUUUACAACAAAAUCGCACAUUGUUGAGAUUGGGAAUGCAGUCUACUCAUUUAACAUGUGAAGGAGCUAUUGCAUUAGCAGAGUGCAUUGCUGACAAUCCUGUUAUUCAGAGAAUUGACUUACGUGACAAUAAUUUACAAGUUGCUGGACUAAUGGCUUUAUCAUUGUCUAUGAAAGUUAAUAGGAGUGUGAAUCAACUGGAUUUAGAUGACACACCAAAGAAAAAACUGGAGAAUGGUGAAGUGCUGAAGCAAUAUAUCAGUCUAGUUUCAGAAAUAAGAGGCUACUGCAUUAGAAAUGAACAAGCAGAUUUUUCAGAGGAUGAACCAAGUACCCCAGAGGACAGUGACAGUCUUUCAGAACGUACUUUACGUGUGCCGAGCUCAAUGGCUUCCAGAAAAAUUUCUCUAACUUGUGAAACUCUUAUGCGAUCUGUCGACCCAGAAAAUUCCAAUUCACAAUUUUUAGAGCCUCGGCGUGUUACUGGGGGAAGAUUGCGUAGCCCUGCCCCAUCUCCUGUCCCUUCUCCUGUAUCCAGCCCAAUUCCUUCACCCUCUCGAACGCGCUUUCAGGUUUCUCGAGUUUCUGAGCCACAACCUGUGGGGUCUCCAUCAUCUUGUUCCUCAUCUCCAUUUACACCACCCUCAAUAUCCCCAUCUCCAACUCGCUUCUUCGCAAGUCCAACUACAUCCCGCUUUCGAGUGACGCUUGUCGAGCCAAGUAGUAUCCCUGUGACUCAACCAAUAGUAUCUAGCCCAUCUGGAAACAAUGUAACUGUAGGCUUCACUUUUAAGUUAAAUGACAAAAACAUAAGUCCAAAGAUUUCACCUGAAAGUAGCAACUCUGUUUCACCAACUGUAGCAAAUGAACUCAUUACUUCUUCCACAGCUGUGUCGAAAUUGAGUGAGUCAUUAGCUGCAGUGGAUAUCCGUGUGCAGAAUGAAGAAGGUAAAGUGUGUUCUAACAAGCAGGGAGGUAGUGUCCUUAUUAAAGAGUUGGAAGAUACUCCAAAUUCCCUUUCUACUAGUCUCUCUUCUUUGGAUGAAAGUGCAGACUUGGAAGUGAGACAGAUUUUAGACAGUCAUGACCAGAAAGUAUGUAACAGUAAUAAAAAUGUAGAAAAUACUUCUGAACUUGAAAAAGAAAAAAUGUUGGGUGAACAAACAACUGAACAAAAUAAAGUGGUGAAAUUGAGUGAUGUAAUUCAGGCUUCUACUAGUGAGAAGCCAUGUGAUAAAAAUAUUGCCACAAUUUCUUCACAGAAAGAAAUCUGUGAUAAAAAAGUGGGUUUACAUUCAGUUCAUAAAGAGAAUGUCAUUCCAUCAUCAAGUGUUUCAGUUACAAAGUCGGAAAGAACACCUUGUGGGGGAAACCUAACUGAAGCAUCAGAAAGUUCUAGCACUGUUGCUAAAAGUAGCAAAUGUGUCAACCAACGCCAAAGGAAGAUUUCAUGGAUUGCACCAGUCCAUCCUCCGGCACCAGAGCAGAAGCCUCCUUCCAGUUUGGAGAAACUCUUAGGGUUGUUUCAGCACCCUGCAAGUUUCUUCAGCAAGGCCCAACCUCAGUACAAAGCAACAACAGUAAUAGUAAACCAACAACCUGUUGCCAAUAGUAAUGCAUCAUUUCUCCUCACGGCUGGACCUUUAGCAGGAGCUGCAUUGGAGGCUCGUUUACGUGGAGUAAAUGUUCCUUCUCCAGAUCCAUUAGAAGAUGAUAAAGAACAACAUCCAGCAGUAGACGUCUUGAACAAUAACAAUAGCGAAAUAAGUGCACAUAGUAGUAGUAGUAAUAGCAGUAGUGAUGGCAGCAGUAGUAGCAGUGAAGGAAGUGGAGGCAGCAGCAGCAGUGGUAGUAAUAAUAGUAGUAGUUGUAGUAGUGGUGGCAGCAGUAGCAAUAGUAAGAGUUCUCAGUCUUUAAAUGAAGGUACUCGAAGAAUGUGUUCACAGUGUACUGUAGAACAGGAAAGUGUACGGAUUAGAACAGAGGAUGAAAAUUUUAAUGUUUCUAAACAUUCAUCAGGAAGUGACGUAAGUUCAGGGACAGUAGAUAAAUUGUGGUGUGCUACUUUGUCUUCUGUCUGUGGUGCAAAUGUUGUUCUGCCCUGGGCUCAAUCUUCCAUACCGUCAGGUUCAAAAUGCUGUGGUAAUGAUUCAGGAAAUGUUGGAACAUAUUCAGAUGCCACAUCUCUCAGUGAUGAACCAUCUGUUUCUGCAUUAAAGAAGGAGGCAGAUAAAGAAAAUAGUGCUUCUAGGUUGUAUACAAAUGUUAUGAAAGGUGCCCCUGCAAAUGGAAUGAAUGUGUCUUUAAAUGCUUCUUCUUUGUGGUCACCUAACAGAGAAAUAAAAGAAAAUUCCACGUCCUUAUUGCCUGUUACGGGAGUACGGUUAGUUGGAGGUGGAGAUCCAUGUCCAGAUGGUGGUCGAACUGAUAGUACUGCCGAUGGAGGUGAUCCAUGUGCGCAGAAAGAAGAAGAAGGUGCAGAUUCAACACAAUUAAUGAUUGCUGGGAACAUUGAGAAAGAAGAAUCCAGUUCAGCUGAUGUUUAAAGCAAGUUCUUGGAUUUACAUAUGACGUAAGGUGAUGAGUAAAGCUUUAUGUGUAAUGUAAUUGUGUUUAGAACAUUGUAUAUAAAUGUAUAUUUUGGUUGGAAAUGUUUGUGAGUGUGUCUGAGAAUGCACAAAGUGUGUUAUGAUCCUCUUCUGAACCCUUACAUGUGCAUGUUAGUUGUUUAUAUUAAUAUAUGAAAUGAAUUUAUAAAUGAUGUAUUAACUAUUGAAAACAAGUGUAUGAAAGGAAGAUACACAAUAAUUCUUAAAGUUCCCGUCAAUGUAGCAUUUUGAGUUAAAAAAAGUUUUAGAUCAAGUUUUCAACCUGUUCUGCAUUGUUGGAUGAUUGCUAACACAGGAAAAUAUGUGGAAGAAAACUACAUUAUUUGUACUCAAAAGCCUGUGUUGCUUUGUUACAGAACCCAAAUUGUGAAUUUGGGGGGCAAUAAAAUAAUUACUCAGUUAUUUUAAAAAAUCUGUAAUGGAGGAUCUGAAUGCUUUUCUUGUGUAGUAUGCUCAAGUUUGUAUUGAGAAAAGUGUAUACUUGUUAAUAUCAUGCUGGCUUAGAAUUUUGAUUGUUUCUAUUUAAUGUACAUUUUUGGUUCAGAACCAUUCAGAACUUGUCUUGUUCCAUAGUUGUCUGCAUAUCAUGAACUUAUAUGUACCUUAGUAAAACCAGAAUCCUUUCCUAUUACACUUACGGAAGAAACUGGUUACCAUCAGUUGUUUCAUGUUAUUAAUAAAAUUGUGUUAUUACUGUAUGAUAUGUUGCAAAUCAUGUAUGUUGUAUAGUUUGUAGGCUAGUAUUCCUAAUUAUCUGUGAUACAUACACAAACAACUCAACUUUACUUAAAUCGCAUUGAAUGCUAUGAGCAUAUUAGGCCACAACAAUGUUAGAUUGUAGUUUCCUGAGUGUGUGUUGCCCAAGGGUUGUGAACUGAUGAAGAAGCAAUGCAAUAUUUUAUUUCUUUUUGAGGACAUCUGGUUCAGACGGCAGAGCCUUCAAGUAGCUGUUGCUCUAAUAAGUUAAUUAGGAUUCUUCCCAAUAUGGUUAUGGAAAGUUACUUGCUAAAUAAAAAUGUUUCACUUUACAUAAAGCAUAUAACCUCAUGUAGUUUAGAGUUGUUUAUUUUUCAUUACUGGUCUUCAUUAGACUGGUGAAAACAACAAAUGUACUAAGAGUACUUGCAUUGGAUGAUUCAUGAAGUGAAUGUAAUGUGGUAAUGUAAAUACCAUAGAUACUAAAAGUUUCUUGGCAUAAUAUGCUAAAAAUAAGAUAUUUUUAUGUGGUCUUCUAAAUAAUCUAUUAUCAUACAAGUUUUGUAUUGUAUGGUCUCUUUUGAAGAGUAAUAUUUAUUUUUAAUUAGAUGUCCAGAUGUAUUUCCACAGGCUGCUGUAUGUUUAUAUCUUUACAGUGUAGUAUUCUAUACUUGUACAAUAGCUUUACCAUUUUAUACUAAACUAUGCAUGCUCUUUGCAGGUAUUAAUGAUACUAUUUUCAUAGACAUUACUUGGUGAUAGUACAUUUUUAGAUGAAUAAUGGCCAAUUCACAUUUCAGCACAUCUCAAAAAAUGUAAGAGCAGGCUACAGAAAGAAGCUUGUAAAUGAAUUUCUGACGUAACGUUUUCUUGUUGACAAAGAAAAUAGCUUAUAGAUGAUUUGGUAACAUGUUUGUUUUAAAAUUUUGUUUGAGUAUAUGAUUUGUGUAAAUAUUAGAACCAAUGAUUUUAAUAAUGUAGUUCUUGUUGAUUGUGUUUUUCUGUGAAAUUAGAAAAAUUCUUUAUUUAUUCUCUACCCAUCUCUCAGGGAUAGUAAUGUGUAAUUAGGUUGUGUGAAGAUUGCUGAAGUGUGCAGUCACUGUGUUGGUACACUCACGCAGUUGCUUUUUGUUCUGUGUAAGUAUGUAUAAAGAAACUUAGUGUCAAACUUUUAAUGUAUUUUGGCAUGUAAAUUUAUUGCAAAUAUGUUUGGGUUGUAUGUUUUCUUGAAUUACAAUUUCAGUAUGUUUCUAUGUAUUUAUUAGAAUACUUCAAUUUAGUCAUGUGUUCCCCAUUUUGUUUUAUGUGACAUCACAAAGUAUUUAUCCUACUUAAACAUUUUAUUUUAUCAAUUGCUUUUGUGUCUUGUGUUUUGAGGCAUCUUAGAUAGUUUUAAUAAUGUAACAUGUUGAACAGUUUGAAAACACUAUUUGCUCAAAAAAUUUCUUUUCUCAUAAACUGAAGUGUCUUUUCUUUCUGCAAUUCUACAUUUUUUCUUUUAAACUGAAAAUCCACAACUACUGAGAUGCUAACUGCUGCUUGCACGUACCUCAAGAAAUUCAAAUCACUGUAAAAAUCAAGAACAUGACCUACUUCAUUUUACUGAAUGAUGGGUGGGUGUGUUUGUUAUUUUCGUGCGCUCUUGUUAGAAGUAAGAUGACUGUGUUGGCUAAAGCUGCAAAUGUUUGUUCCCUGUGAGGUGCACCAUUAUGUUCAGUACAACUAGCACAAUUAUGAAGAUGUAUAUGUGUAUUUACAUUCAUAUAUUGGUGUGUUUUGUUGUGUGUGGGUGUGAGUGCACGUGUGCAUGUGAAUAUGUAGAGUAUAUGCUUGUAAAUUUACAUAUCCAUUUAUUAUCGUAUUGAGUACCUUAUGUACAGCAUGUUAACUUUACAUGUAUUUGGGCAUUAUAGUAAGUUCAUGAUCAUGUUAAAUUUUCACAUAAUGUGCAGUUGUAAUCAAGUAAACUUGAUGUGCACUCUGAAAGCAGAUUUGUAGAGUUCUCGAAAUUGAAGUAAGAGUUCCUGCAGGUAUGAAUCAUACUUUUAAAAUAUCAAGGAAACAAUGAACAACUUAAAAAAAAGGGGGAAAAAAAACUCAUUAAGUUCAUUCAUAUAGAAAGUCCUACAUUCAAGCAGAGCUGGCUUCAUGAAAAUGAAGAUGUAGGGCAACAUGGAAAAUAUGGUUCUAGAGCUUUGGCACUAUUCAAGAUGGGAAAUUCAGAAUAUUUUUUUAUGCUUUUGAAAUUCAGAUAAUUCAGUUGCAGAAUAGCUCUUGAAGAUUAGGUAAAAAAGAUGGUAAACCCUCUAGGAAUAAUUCAUUGAGUGAGUUUGAAGAAUAUUAUAAUGCCUUAAGAGUUCUAUAUAAAAGAAAUGAUGAAAUCCCAAGAGAAAUUAUUGACCAGGAAAUGAAGGGAUUUUUUUUUAGCUACAAUGAAUAUGCAUUGUAUUUAAUAUUUUGUUUCACAUAGGGUUUUUAUGGAAAUGUUUUACCCAAAGUGAAUGGCUUUUCAUUUUUGAGUCGUUUUCUAUUGGCUCUAGUACUUUAUCCAACUGCUGCUGAAAAUUCUGUUUUUUAAUACUUUAUAAAAACGAUUAACAUAUAUUUCCGAAUUAAAUUCAUUUUUAAUAUUUGCAAAAACGUCAUGGGUCUAGCUAUCUAGUUAAGCUUUGGCUCUGGAUUCAAGUAAGAGUUGUGUUUUAAAAUUGGUUCACUUAAUUAACUCAAACCCAGCAUCGAAUGCAUAGCUACUAGAAAAGAGGAGGGAACAUUGUAGGAUUAUCCCAUGCCCAUGAAAUGCCACUUCACCCAUUUAAAUUUCUUUUUAUUACUAUAUUUUAAAAUAUUGGUUGCUUAAUUUUAAAAUAAAUCGCUAGAAUUCUAUAGUUUUGUUUACAAUAAAAAAAUUGAAUUCCCCAAUAAAAACUGUCUUACACAAAUACAGUAAUUGGACAAAAAUCAUGAAAAACACUAACAGAAAUUCUCAAUGGUUGGAGUCAAAAGUUUUCACAUUGGCGUGAACCACAGUACAUGCAUGAAAACUAUUAUCGUGAUCUACAAACAGCAACAAUGCAUCUCCUCCAGCAAGCAACUGGUGCAGAACAAUGAAGAAAAUAGUGAACUUAGAAUAUCUGUGUGUGAGUAAUUAUUGCAAACAUUAGCAUGGAGUGAGAGAUUCUCACAACAUACCAAAUCCAAAGUUAAUUUUUUAGACUGCUCAUUAAGAAUUCAAAGACACUGAAGACUUCUUAUUAACUAAGAAAGUGCUUUUAUAUAUCAAGUGUGAAUUGAUAAUAUUCAUACUUUUAAUAACACUGUUUUUAUAAAAUUAUUUUUCUCUUUCCACAUUAACUUGGUUUUUCGUAAUGACAUUUUUUAAUCUUAAGUUUUUUUAGCACCACAAUAUUUUAUAUUGGUACAGCACAAUAAUUAUUAAAAUUUGUCUUUAAUGAGAAAUCUAAAGCUCCAUUUCCUUAAAAGUAAUAUUCAUCAAUAGUGAGUUUACCAUUGGUUUCUUUUAUUCUGCUUAUGUUUUACCCUUAUUGAUGGAACCCUUUACCCUUUGAUGCAAGUUGUGUAUUGCAAGAACUUUUUUUGGGGGGGACUCAAACUAAAUGUGACUUUUCAAUUCUUAUUACAUUUAAACAAUAAUAUUCAUGAACAUGAAAUACAACGCAGUAAUUGCAAGAAAGACAUAAUUAAUUAAUUUAUUAAAUUGUCUAUAUAAGUUGAUCAAGUGUCCUUUCAGCAGUGCAUAUUCAAGUUUAUAUGGUUAUUACUAAACAUGUUGCAUAAAUUGUUCAUUGUUAAUUAAAAAAGACUGCAAAAAGAAAUACUGCUGAGUUUUCAAUGAAGUGUUGGUAAUACUGCUGAGUUUUGAAUUAAUGAUGAUUCUUUUAAAUUUCUACCUGUUUGAAGCAGCAAACAGAUUAGUACAUGGGGAAAAUGUUUGUAGAGAAGCGUGUCAGGUUGUAUUUGAGCAAGUACCUUUGUAAUUCCUGCAAAGAUAAAAGAAGUUUAUUUCUGUAGGAAUUAAGGCGAUAAAUGUGUUCAUUUCCCUGUAAAACAUGUUUUAGGUAAUACAUUUUUACUACUACUUGACAACAUUGUUACACUUGAAACCAUAAGAAAUGCAAAUGUCUCAAGUUAUGGUCUUGUAUGAAAGGAAACAACCUGGCAGACUCAUAAACAUGACUGUGUGCUUCCUUUUCCCAGAGACGUGUUGUUGUGUGGAUUAGGCCUUGAGUGUAUUGUACCUGGAACAGCUGAGGUGUUUUAGCCAAAGCAAUGUUGGAAGCUGAUACUUAAAAAAUGCCAUGAAGAUG